AUGUUCUUGACAGGAUCCAACAAGUGUGGUCAAUUAGGUACAGGAGAAGGUCAACGAGUGGACAAAUUUACGCGCACAUUCAAACAUCGUGUUAAGGCUGUAUAUUGUGGCAGAGACACCUUAAUGGUGGAGGCUGAAGAUAGAGAGUAUAAUGAAGCUAUUUACGAUGACACUUUUGGAAAGAUGUUGAACUUUGAAGAUUCGAAUUUGAUUCCUCUUCUUGAUUCAUUCAUUAUUUGUAGCGAUGGAAAGAAAUUCCCCAUUCUCUACGACUUUGUGAUAACACGCUUUCCACUCCUAGAGAAGUAUUCAAAAGAGGUCACAGAAGAGAGCAGUGUAGGCUCCUCCACAGAACCUCCUACCAAGAAGAGAAAAUCUGGUGGUGAUGAUAGAACCAUGAAGAUAAUUGACUUAACUCCUAUUGCAACACUUUCGAGCAAUUCUAUUCUAAAGCUAUUAACAUACAUCUGUACAGACGUGGUCGAGGACAGAGAUAGCCCAAACUCUAUACAGGACGAUCUCAAAAUUAUACAGUGGAUUACAGAAAAUAGUGGCCUAGACUUCUCUGCGUCGUCUCAGGACACUUCAAACACCACUCGAUUUAUCAAAUUAAUUUUACAAAAGAUUCUUACAUCUAUCACCAACACAACAGUUGUCAAUGUAUUGGGAGCUCUCCAGGUUCUCAAAAAGCAUCCUUUGAUUAUUAACUUGUACAGACAUUGCAUUGCAUUAAUUCGAAAAAUCGAAAAGACCUAUACCAUUAGCGAAAUUGCAAACUUUGAUCAACUCUCAAGGGAGGCAUUACUGGAAACUCUAACAUAUGGAGAGAAUUAUCACUGCCUAGGCUCAAGUGACAUCUCAGUUCCUCCCUCAUCAUUUUCAACAAAUUUGGAACAAUUAUUUAACAACACUCAAAAAUCUAAUGGAAACAUGGGAGAUGUUACUUUAUUGCUCAACAAAGAAGGCACCAGGGUAUUGUAUGCUCAUAAGGCUAUCCUUGCUGUGAAAUGUGACUUUUUCAAACUUAAAUUUACUUCUGGAAUGGGUGACAUGGAUUCAAGACGGGUUGAAAUUUAUGAAUAUGCUGAUGAAAAUGAGAUUCGUGCUCAAGAGGAAUUUAUCAGAUAUCUGUACACUGACAAAGUUGAGCUCACAAAAACAAUGCCAUUAGCUUCUUGA